AUGGUUAAGCUGUACAACCCUCCCAUCCCAGUACGUAUAGACCCGCCCCCAAUAUUCAGGAGCUUGUACCUGUCCACUAUUAGACACAGUGCAGGAGAGCCGGCAGAAGGACAAGCUUCACUGAAACAGGUCACUUGUCCCUGGCAGAGUGUAAAGGUUCUUGCCAUGAGGUCCUGGACGGUUGUGUCUUUGAGUUGUAUCAGCCUCUUGUGUGUGCAACAGCUGCAAAGUUCUUUGGCUCUGCCCUCCCCCCAGCUGCCACAGUUACCAGCUCCCAGGGAAUCUCCUGAUGGGGAAGAACAUUUGAAGGAGCUGACCACCGUAAAACAGCCUUUAUUAUCCACACCAACGAUGGACUUGAUGAUACAUCUUCGAACCCUGCGGAGGAAACGAAGACGUGCUCGGCGGUUGCAUCCACCCCGUCUAAUGCGUGUUGGCUGUUCUCUGGGCACAUGCCAUGUGCAGAAUCUGAACCAUCGACUAUGGCAACUGAUGGGACAAAUGGGGAAAGAGGACUCACCAAUCCAGUUGAGCAACCCUCAUAGCUUUGGUUGAUUUUUGUAGGCCACAAAUCCACAAAAGCCAUGCUUAUCAGCUUACCAAACAGUGUCUCCUCUUCUGCUGCUUAGUAAAUAGACCGCUUCUGACUCAUAGUGUGUCUGGGUCAUUUAUACUGUGAUCUCAGCAUUUGUAGCCUUCAACCAGUAAAGACUUUCCACCAUGAAACUUGAAAACUAUCCUAAGCAAGUUGAAGCAUAUCUGUCAUGUGGGCCUGAGGCAGCAUAGUCACAUACAUACUGCAGAAACUGCAUAUUCAGUGUGGAAAUCAAACAGUAAUAUAAAAUAGGAGGUCAUAAUCAUAUAUAGCUUACAACAAUUUACUUAGAACAUAGUCAUUGAUCAUAUAUUCUUAUUGCAUUAUACCAUACAUUAUAUACAUUAUGGGAACCUGCUGCCUCACACAGAGCACAAAUGCUUAUCCAUUGCAGGUCAUAUUACUCUGAAUCAUUGUAAACCAUGACAAUUAUUUUAACUGUGUUCACCUUUAAUAUUCUAUAAACUAUACCUAAACGAGCUGAAAUAUUUUGGCAUGCUUGAUGCUUCUCAGGGCUGCAUCAUAUAGCCAGAAUCACCUUUCUGCUGUCAGUCAAUGCAAAAUUAACCAAGGACAGACAUAGAAAGCAGAAGACCUCUGUGUCAUAGAGCAUCAUUGUCUUAGCUCUCUAGCGGAUCCACCAUGAAAGUGCUACUUUCUAUGGUGGAUCACAGUCCACCAGUAAUUAUGAGUCAUAUGAAGCAUUAGCAGGCUAAUAGAAAGUAGGAAGCACUGCUAUCUUCAUUUAAGGCUCCAUUCACACAUCCGCAAUUCCAUUCCGCAUAUUGCGGAACGGAAUUGCAGACCCAUACAUUUCUAUGGGUCCGCAAUUCCGAUCCUGAAAAAAAUAGAACAUGUCCUAUUCUAGUC